AUGGCGAGCCGCUGCAGCUUCGUGUCGCUGCCAUGGCUCCUCCUCGUGGCGGUUCUUGGCGACGCGGUGGCCGCGGUGGCGGUGGCGGUGCCCAGGCCGCUGCUGGGCAUCGCCGAGCCGCCGGGCUCGGUGGCCGGGCGCGCCAGCGCGUCGCGGCCCGGCGGAGGCGGAAGGCCCGACCGGUCGGUGGCGGGCGCGGACGUGAUCCUCGUCGGGUUCGCCGCGGCGGUCGUGGUCGUCGUCUUCCUGUACAUCAGGGUCACCAGGAAGAACAGCGGCAGCAGCGUCAGCGUGGGAGCCGGACAGAAGCAGGAAGGCGGCUUGGGAGGACUCUGAAGUCCUCAAAUGUGUAGACGUAGCAAUAGCGCUAGAAGUACACGAUCUUUUUGUUUUCCUUUCAAUUUUCUUUCCUGAGUUAAGACUUGAGGGAGGCUUGUAGAGAGGGUGAGAUGAGAUGAGAGGGUUGAUAAAGUUUAGUAGCUGUUAAAGGUUUGUCAGCUCACUGAUCUGUGGUGUGUACUGUACAUGUCCGGUGAGCUGAGGUGGUGAUACAACUCCGUGGAG